CAGGGGGCGCGGGAGAAAUGAAGCCCCGGAGCUGCCAAGGGCGAGAGAGGCAGCGCCUCUGUGCGGCUCUCCUGGCAAGAGUGCCAAGCACGUGGAGGAGGGGCUGGAUGCGCAGGAGAGGCAGGCCUGGGCCCGAAGGGCGGAGCUGAGAGGGCGGGUGGCUCGCGGGCUGCCCGCUCGGAUGGGAGCCCGAAAGGGGAAAAUCCGUGCUUGGGGACAGAGAGAAAGGAGCUAGUUGGAGCUCCGGGCGGCUUUCCUUUGCUAGAAUCCGGAUCCGCCGGGUGGUGGGGGAGAGCAACGGCUGGACCGAGGAAGAGGAUGGAGCCCGUAACCAAGUGGAAUCCUAAGCAAGUUGUGGAGUGGACCAAGGGUCUGGAUGAUUGUCUUCAGCAGUAUGUCCCAAAGUUUGAACGAGAGAAGAUAAAUGGUGCUCAGCUAUUGCAGAUUUCCCAUCAGGAUCUUGAAGAACUUGGGGUCACCCGGAUUGGACACCAAGAGCUUGUUUUAGAGGCUGUGGAUCUCCUCUGUGCACUGAAUUAUGGCCUUGAAACAGACAACAUGAAGAACUUGAUUCUUAAGUUACGAGCUGCAUCCAACAAUCUGCAAAACUACAUUGGCACCCGGAGAAAGAGUUCAAACUACGAUGGGAAUAGCUCACGCAAACCUCCUAAUGAAUUCCUUACCUCCGUGGUAGAACUCAUUGGUGCUGCUAAGGCUCUGCUGACAUGGCUGGACAGGACUCCGUUUACUGGGAUAGCUGACUUUUCUGUGACAAAGAAUAAAGUCAUUCAGCUGUGCUUGGAUCUUACCACCACUGUUCAGAAGGACUGCCUUGUAGCUGAAAUGGAAGAUAAAGUUCUCAAUGUAUCUAAGGUUUUGAAUGGAAUCUGUGAUAAGACAAUCAGGUCAACAACUGAUCCAUUGAUGAGUCAGGGUGCGUGUCUCGAAGAAGUUCACUUAAACAAUAUCAAACCUGGGGAAGGCUUGGGAAUGUACAUAAAAUCUACUUAUGACGGUUUACAUGUUGUUACUGGGACAACAGAAAAUUCUCCUGCUGAUCGAUCUCAGAAAAUCCAUGCUGGUGACGAAGUGAUUCAGGUGAACCGGCAGACAGUGGUGGGAUGGCAGCUGAAGAAUCUCGUAAGGAAGCUUCGUGAGAAUCCUUUGGGAGUUACUCUACUGGUAAAGAAACGCCAUACAGGAUCUUUUAAUUUUACUCCCGCACCGCUUAAAAAUCUGAGGUGGAAACCACCACUUGUACAGACCAGCCUACACCCAGCUACAGCUCAGUCAUCGGAAAACACCAAGGAGACAUCACUGAAGAAAGAGAAACCAGCCAUUCUGGAUCUUUACAUACCUCCACCGCCAGCUGUUCCCUACGCACCCCGGGACGAGAAAGGCAACUUCGUUUAUGGAGGAGGCAAUAAACCCAAACAGCCUCUCCCUGGUUCUAAAGGUGCAGAAUCCCCCAAUUCUUUCCUUGAUCAGGAAUGUAGAAGACGGUUUACUCUGAUAGAGUCUGAUCCAUUGCCUGCCUAUCCCAGGGAAGUAAAUAUUCCACUAGCAAAGAUGAGGGAGAAAACUCCAUCUUACGGAAAGCCUCGCCCACUGUCUAUGCCUGCUGAUGGAAAUUGGCUGGGAGCUGUAGAAUCUUUCUCUAAGCCGCGAGCAGCGGGGAGAAAAGCUGAAAAUGCCCUCUGCCGAUACUUCAGCAAUGAAAGAAUCCCACCCAUUAUUGAAGAAAACCCCUCUUUGCAGCCUCCGUUUCCCAGACCAGUGGCGGAGAAACAGUUAGUAAAAGGUGCUGACUACAUCAGGGGAAGCAAGUGUUUUGUUAAUGUGGAUCUCCAUAACAGCGCAACCAUCCCUUUCCAGGAGGAUGGUGCUAAAAGGCCACCUGUGACUACAUCCACAAAAUCUUCCUCCACAGAACCCUCUUUGCUGGUUAGCUGGAUCACAAGGUUGAGAUUAUUGACUCAUUGAGUGGAUUGGAUGGAAAGAGGCUGAAUGUCUCACCAAGUGCCUUCUUUUAUUCUCCAGUCAGAGGGAUCUUUAUUUCCUAAAGAGUUAUUUAGUGACUAUGUCUUUUAUCCCCCGCUCCCUUCAGAGAAUCGUUCUGCUCCCCCCCCCCCGCCCCAGUAUUGCUAUUUCAGAUUCACUGGAGCUGUGGAAGAGGACAGGGAAUUAAUGGAGGAGAUCUCAAGGUGUUUUUUUUUUUACACCUGUCUAUGAAGAGAAAGCAGUCCAACUUCAGGAGUCUCUGCUAAUGUGAAAUCAGUGGAUUCUAGGCAGAUUCUUUGGCCUUUCAUUUGCUAAUAUGCUAUGUAGCUACUCGGAUGUAGAGGCUUUAUAGCACUGAGAGAAAAAACCCCAAGCUACAAUUCUGACCAAGGAAGAGGAAAGAGAAGGUGUGUCAUUCUGCUUCGAAACUAUGCAACUUACAAGUGCCUGCGGAAAAUACAGCUCUAAGGAAAGAGAAGGCUUUUUUUUUCUUCAGUUGUUGUGGUCCACCACAAAUAUCGCUAUUUUGGGUACAAUCCCAAUUAUUAAAACUUCAGUGCCGUUGAGUUAUCCUUGCCUUAACUGCUGCAAUCUUGAUCCCCUUGUCAUAGAUUGGCAACACAUGCCACGGAUAUGCCUUUUUAGUGACAAUGGAAAAAACUAAAGGAGUAUAUCUUCCUUGUGGGGAAAAAAAAAUGAGACUGAAUAGCUGUUAACCAAAGUGGUGUAUGUUUUUUUUUUUUAAAAAAAAAACCCCACCCUUCAGACUUUAGGAGCAACAUGGUGGGUCAAGGUUGAACCGGUUUGAUCUUGUUUGUGUUAUAAAGACUGAGUUCUGAUAAAUGACAAUGUUGUUAAAACAAUUUGCUAUGUUAAAACACUGGUAGAAAAAAAUGUGUCUGUCCCAGUUAUUUCCAUAGCAUUGGGUUGGAAUGGAAACCAUUUAUGGAAGGAAGUAUUUGCAAAACCACUAAGAAUGUGUUGUUGUUUUUUAUGUAGAAAAACGGUAUUCGUAUAGUUUCACAAAGACCAUUAAUUUUUAAAAUAAGUUAAACAUGAAAGUGUGCUGUAUUUUUCUCUUAAAGUUUAUUUAUUGGGAUUUAGAGGUUAAUCUGUUUUUGGUCCCUUAAUUAUGAUUACCAAUGAGUAAGAACCUAUUGUUAACCUUAUCUCACUUAAUUAACUCAUUUAGAUGAUUUCAGGACAGCUGUGAAGAUGUCAUUGUUAUUAGAUUUGUCAUGGUCUUUUACUAAAAAAAAAACAACAAAAAAACUUUGGGGGUAUACUGCCGGUAUUUGCAAUGAAAAAGAAAAAGAUAGAAAAAUCUACCCUUUUCUUUUUCAUUGCAAAUACCGAUAUACAUUGCUUUCAGAUAUUGGAUUGACUUCCACAGGUUGUACUGAGUAGUUCAUAACAAAUCUAUCAACUAAAAUUGUUAGUUUUGAAACUAAUAAGACUUUUUUUUUCUUACAUUUGGAAAAUAGGCCUUAUAUUAUCUAUGAAGUCAAAACAAUUUAGAUUCUGUUCAGACUGAUAAAUGGAGCUGGUGGACAAGAGUCAAAACUGAGACAGCAAUAUUUCUUUCAUAUCCAACCUGAUAGUGGUAUCAGUUCAGUAAACUCCAGUAAUGCUGGUGUCA